AAAUGUCAGAAAUAAUAAUACAGAUGAAAACUGUACAUUGGAUAUUCUUCGUUGCAUAGGAAAUAUUACAAUACCACAAACAAAUUAUUCCUGUGUUCUGUCUAAUAAAGAUUUUACUGGAUGCAAAGACUUGAAAAUGAAACACACAUAUACAUCUCAAGUACAAAUAUGUGAUAGUGGCGAAAUUGAUGAAGAGAAAGUCCAACGUAUCUGUGGAGAUGUAUUUCGACAAAAAGAAAACUGUCCUGUUACUGUGAAGGCUUUAGAUUUGUCAAACAAUAAACUUUCAUUACAAAACUGUGAGAUGUUUCAUGGGCUAAUCGAACUGGAAAAUCUCAACUUAGCUGGAAACGAUUUAAAAGAAAUUCCAACCGACUGUUUUAAAAGUUUGACCAAUUUGAAACACCUUGACUUGUCACGCAACAACAUUACGGAAAUUCCCAAGGGAUGUUUUAAAACUCUUAACAAAUUAAGAAAUCUCAAUAUUUCUCACAAUAAAAUAAAGAAAAUUGAUCGUCACACAUUUGAUGGACUAUGUAGUUUAGAAAUGUUAUCAUUCAAUAGCAAUAAAGCAAAAGUCCGACCUCGUGAUAUUUUUACUUUAAGAAAUUUAAAGUUUGUGUAA